AUGGAGUCUUCGUCUUCUCCAGCCAACUUUCCAAGAUGGGCACCAAGUCCAAGCCCCUCAAGAUUGUUACUAUCACCACCUGUGGAAGACGCCAAGAUCAGCAAGUCGACUAGUGCUGCUCAUGAUUCUGCAGAAAAUGGCAUAUCCUUGUCAUGUUCUAGCAUGGAGAGGAUUUUCCCAUUUAGCAUUGGAUUAAAAAGCACAACUGCUACUAGUACUGCUUAUGCUUCUGCGGUUGAAAAGUCACUAGAAGCUGAAAAUGCUUAUGUCCAAAGGAUCACUGGUGCUACUCAUGUUGAGCUUGGGUCAAAAGAGAAUGGUAUUUCAUUGACAUGGGAGGACUUGUGGGUCGGAGUACGUAAUGGGAAAAGUGGGCAGAAGAUGAUUUUGCAGGGGAUUACUGGGUUUGCUCAGCCUGGUGAGGUUUUGGCUAUUAUGGGUCCUUCUGGCUGUGGCAAAUCUACCCUUUUGGAUGCUUUAGCAGGAAGGCUAAAUUCAAGCACACAGCAGAGGGGGAAGAUCCUAAUAAAUGGCCGCAAAGAAAAACUUGCUUUCGGAACCUCGGCAUAUGUGACACAAGAUGACACACUAAUGACAACCUUAACAGUAAGGGAAGUUGUGUAUUACUCGGCACAGCUCCAACUUCCCAACUCCAUGUCGAAAGCAGCAAAGAAGGAAAGAGCAGAGACGACGAUAAGGGAGAUGGGCCUGCAAGACUCCAUGGACACAAGAAUUGGAGGUUGGAGCAGAAAAGGUCUUAGUGGUGGACAAAAGAGGAGAGUUAGUAUCUGCCUUGAAAUCUUGACUCGUCCUCAGCUUCUAUUCCUUGAUGAGCCUACUAGUGGACUAGACAGUGCAGCAUCUUACCAUGUUAUGAACCACAUUAUUAAACUGGCGCACCACGAUGGAACAACGGUUGUUGCAUCGAUUCAUCAACCCAGCAGUGAAGUUUUUGAGCUUUUCCAAAAUCUUUGCCUUCUCUCAUCUGGUAGUACAGUUUAUUUUGGCCCUGCUUCACAGGCAGAACAGUUUUUUGCUUCAAAUGGUUUCCCAUGUCCAACUCUGAGAAACCCUUCAGAUCACUACCUUAGAACUAUUAACAAGGACUUUGAUGUUGACAUUGAACAAGGGCAUGAGGGAAAAUCUAACACCGAGGAAGCAAUCAACAUUCUAAUAGGAUCAUACAAGUCUUCAAGUACUUUGAAGCAAGUUCUUCACAAUGUAACUGAGAUUCACCAACAGAAAGGUGGAGCUCUAGUGAAGGGAAGCCAGGCAAACUUCAUAACUCAAUGCCUGGUUCUGACAAAGAGAUCAUUUGUCAACAUGUAUCGCGAUCUAGGCUACUACUGGCUUCGUCUUGCAAUUUACAUUGCGUUGUGCUUAUGUGUAGGGACUAUUUUUCAUCACAUUGGCUCCAACUAUGGCUCAAUACAGGCUAGAGCAUCAAUGCUCAUGUUUGUUUCAGGAUUUUUGACUUUCAUGUCAAUAGGUGGUUUCCCUUCUUUCGUAGAAGACAUGAAGAUUUUCGAGCGUGAAAGGUUAAACGGGCACUAUGGCGCUGCUGCAUUUGUUGUUGGAAACACAUUUUCCUCCAUUCCAUACUUACUAAUGAUCUCUUCAAUUCCUGGAGCAAUAGCCUAUUACCUUGUUGGCCUUCGGAACAGCUUUGAGCACUUUGUCUAUUUUGCAUUGGUUCUGUUUGUGUGUCUGAUAUUGGUUGAGAGCCUAAUGAUGAUUGUAGCAAGCAUUGUACCAGAUUUCCUCAUGGGGAUCAUCACAGGAGCUGGGAUUCAAGGUGUGAUGAUGUUGAAUGGAGGUUUCUUCCGAAAACCUGACGAUCUUCCAGAGGCCUUCUGGAAGUACCCCAUGUACCAUAUUGGAUUCCCCAAGUAUUCAAAUCAAGGAUACUACAAGAAUGCGUUUAUUGGACUAACAUUCCCUAAUGAUCUAGGAGGGGGCAUCAUUACUGGUGAAGAUAUAUUGAAGAAUAUUUGGCAAGUGGAGUUGGGGUAUUCUAAGUGGGUUGAUCUUGCCAUUUUGUUCGGAAUGGUAAUUGUUUACAGGCUCAUGUUUUUGGGAAUCAUUAAAUUUUGUGAAAAGGUUGUGCCAAUGAUCAAAGCUCUUCUAGCUGGUCUUGCCAAACCCAACAAUGCACAGAUAAGUGAGAUAACCAAUCCUCCUAGCCAAACUUUAAUGUAG